AUGUCUCUCUCUCUGCGUAAACGGAGACUGUGGCUGAAUGGAGAGAGCGCACGGAGAGGAGAGGAGAGGAGAGGAGAGCGAACAGCAGCGCGGCUGACACAACCGACCAGUCAUUUCUUCCACCUCACUUUCAACCGGCUGCAGCUUUACUCACAGACCCUGGAACUAUAUCAGCUUUACAUCCACACUUGGCUUCGGACUUCAUCAGUAGAUCUUGUGCUGGAGAAGCGGAGGGGGAUCCUUAUUUCCCCUCAACACCUCCACAUUGGACGGAGGAGUUGUGUGUGUUUGUGCGCGAUCCGCCGUGUCUCCUCUGUAAUGGACAAAAGUGGACCGAGGAGAGAAGUACUACGGAGGGGUUCGAGUCUGCUGAGAAUGUGCGCCACGCCGGGGAUCCUAGUUCUCUUGGUGCUUACACGCGCAGGAGUCGCUCAGGGUCUAGUUGUAAGAGAAGCCAGUAUAGAAAUAACACGGCAGCAAGUGGAGGAGCUAUUUGGUCCAGAAGAUUAUUGGUGUCAGUGUGUGGCCUGGAGCUCUGCCGGAACCACCAAAAGCCGCAAGGCACAUGUACGCAUUGCAUACUUGAAGAAGUCAUUCGAACAAGAACCCCUUGGAAAAGAAGUGUCACUGGAGCAGGAAGUGCUGCUACAGUGUCGUCCUCCGGAGGGCAUACCAGCUGCUGAGGUGGAGUGGUUAAAGAAUGAAGAGAUAAUCGACCCAGCAGAGGACAGAAAUUUUUAUAUCACCAUUGACCACAACCUGAUCAUUAAACAAGCACGUCUGUCUGACACAGCCAACUAUACAUGUGUAGCUAAGAACAUUGUGGCCAAAAGAAGAAGUACUACAGCCACUGUUAUUGUGUAUGUAAACGGAGGCUGGUCGACAUGGACAGAAUGGUCCCCUUGUAAUAGCCGCUGUGGACGAGGCUUCCAGAAACGAACCAGAAGCUGCACUAACCCUGCUCCUCUUAAUGGAGGAUUGCCUUGUGAUGGACAGGGCAUACAGAAGUUACCCUGCACCACACUGUGCACAGUGGAUGGAGUGUGGACAGACUGGAGUAAGUGGUCAGCCUGUGGGACAGAGUGCACUCAGUACAGGAGGAGAGAGUGCAACAACCCUGCCCCUAAAAAUGGUGGAAAGGACUGUGAGGGUCUGGUGCUCCAGUCUCAGAACUGUACUGAUGGACUCUGUAUGCAAAGUUCAUUGUUUCAGAAGUCCACUGAGCCCAAAGAGCAGAGUGCUUUGGGAGAUCCAUCUGCCCCGAGUUCGGAUGACGUGGCUCUCUACGUGGGCAUUGUCAUCGCUGUGAUCAUGUGCCUGUUCAUCUCUGCCAUUGUGGCACUCUUUGUAUAUCGCAAGACACACCGGGACUUUGACUCCGACAUCAUUGACUCCUCAGCUCUUAAUGGAGGCUUCCAGUCUGUGAAUAUAAAAACAGCCAGAUCAGCUGAUCUACUGACUGCACCUCCUGACCUGACAAAUGCAGCUGCUAUGUAUCGUGGCCCAGUUUAUGCCCUUCAUGAUGUGUCUGAUAAAAUUCCAAUGACCAACUCCCCCCUCCUGGAGCCUCUACCUAACUUGAAGAUCAAAGUCUAUAACUCAUCAGGUCUGGUCACACCACCAGAUGACCUCGGUGGGGACUUCACUUCAAAAUUGUCUCCUAAGGUUACACAGUCUCUUUUGGACAACAGUGACACCCUGAACCUUCGCAGCCAGAGUUUAGCCCGGACUAGAGAUCCCUCCUGCACUGCCCAUGGAUCCUUCAAUAGUCAGGGAGGACACCUCAUCGUACCCAAUUCAGGUGUGAGCUUGUUGGUGCCAGCAGGUGCCGUCCCACAGGGUAGAGUGUAUGAGAUGCAUGUCACUGUUCACAGAAUGGACAACUUAAGACCCCCUGUUGAAGACAUUCAGACAGUUCUCAGCCCAGUGGUGAGUUGUGGACCUCCAGGUGUCCUGCUGACCAGACCAGUGAUCCUCACCAUCCACCACUGUGCAGACAAUGUCCAUGAGGACUGGCUCAUACAGCUCAAGAAUCAGUUGCCCAUGGGAGAAUGGGAGGAUGUUGUUGUGGUGGGAGAGGAAAACUUUACUACCCCCUGCUAUGUGCAGAUGGACUCAGAGGCUUGUCACAUUUUGACAGAGACACUGGGCACGUACUGCCUGGUGGGCCAGUCAAUGUGCAAAGCGGCCGCUAAAAGGCUCAAACUGGCUGUUUUCGGGCCUGUCUCCUGUACAACUGUGGACUAUCACAUCAGGAUUUAUUGUUUGGAUGACACUCAGGAUGCACUUAAGGAGGUUCUUCAAAUGGAGACCCAAAUGGGAGGGAAGCUACUGGAUGAGCCAAAGACUCUGAACUUCAAAGACAGCACACAUAAUUUGAGACUGUCGAUUCAUGAUGUGCCACAUGCACAGUGGAAAAGUAAACUUAUCGCAAAAUAUCAGGAGAUACCUUUCUACCAAGUAUGGAGUGGCUGUCAGAGAACUCUUCAUUGUACCUUCACUUUGGAGAGACUGAGCUCAGCCACCACAGAGGUCAGCUGCAAGCUGUGUGUGCGGCAGGUAGAGGGAGAAGGGCAAAUCUUUCAGAUCAGCAGCACAUUAGAGGAGGAAGUCCAGUGCAUAGACACGUCCCUGAUGGAUCCUGCCAGUAAUAUCACAACCUUAAUGGGGCCUAAUGCCUUCCGUAUUCCUUUAUCCAUCAGACACAAGUUGUGUGGCAGUUUGGAUGCACCACAGACCAGAGGCAACGAUUGGAGGAUGCUGGCUCACAAACUCAACCUUGACAGAUAUCUGAACUAUUUUGCCACCAAGUCCAGUCCAACAGGUGUGAUUCUGGAUCUCUGGGAAGCCCAACAUUUCCCUGAUGGAGAUCUAAACGAACUGGCUGCUGUGCUGGAAGAAAUGGGCCGUCACGAUAACAACUUUGCCUCCUUGACAUCAGAACACUGACGGAGUUACAUUUUUGUAUGAAGACAAGCAAAACUCCAGAGAUAAUCACUUGUGGAACGUCUAUGGUUGGUACAGCAGAUUAACCAAUUAGACAAAGUCAAAGGAAAGCUGUCAGUAUGGUGAUUGAGUACUGUGUGAAUACCAUGGUAAUCAAGUGUACAUGGUAAAAGAAAUUGGUGCUCAAACCAGUGCUGAGUUUCUAUGUGUGAAUCCAGGAGUGAUAAAAAGGGAAUUAAGGAAAAAAUAAAAUUCUUGAACCACAGCAAUAUCUUCUUGCUGUUAUGACAACAGUCACAGAGAAAGUAACGAUGUGGAACAGAGAUAUUCACCUUGAAAUUAUCUAUAGAAAGGGAAGAUAAUUAUAAAGGAAGCAAAGGUAAACCAAUUACACAAGAGUAGGAAUGGAAGAUUAAAGAUAAACAAAAACACAGAUAGACUCUUUACAAAGAUAAGAGCAAACACAAAGAGCAGCUAAACUGAUUACAGAACAGAGGGAGGACAUCAACAUGAAGAGAUGGAAAAAGCAGGCAGGUGACCAUCUGGAUAAUAAGCAGAUAAUGAAGGCAGAGAUGAAGAAUGAGAGAUUAUUUUCUUGUUAGCCUUGACUAUGUGUUUGUCAGUACAGUUUCUUGUUUUUAAAUACUGUCUGGAAGGGGAGGCUCAGUGUAUCAAUCUGUCGAUAUGCGUGGCUUAUUUCCUGCUGCAGAUUUUCAGUCCUGACAAACAAAUCAUGAGACAACAGUUUUUUAAGUUUUUGGAUCAUUUUAGAAUUUUGUUUUACUGUUUUUUUAGAUGAAUUGGGACUAUAAAGUGUUUUUUUUUUAAGAUUCAGUGAUUUUUAAAUUAUCUUGGUCGGAAAAGCAAAAGUGGCGAAUUAAAUAUUAGAUAACCCAAUCCAAAGAUUGUCCUUUAGUUAGGUGUGGGUAAAAAAAUCGCUAUCCUUAGCAGCGAGAAUCUGAUAAAAGAGGGAAAGAUUAGCACUGCUCCUGCAAUGUCCAGUUAUUUUGUUGUUGUUGUUUUGGUUUUUUUGCUGUUUAAUUUUCAAUCUAGCACAGAUUUUUUGGGCCAAUAAAAUUAAGUUCUUUUUAUGCUAUGUGCAUCAGUGAUGUCAAUUAUUUUUUUUACUUUAAGCUAAAACAUUAUAUAUUGAAAACUUUCUGCCAGACUGUUCAGGCUUUUUUUUUUUUUCUGGAGAAACAAGUGACAAGAGUAUUUUUGAAAUCCAGUUUAAACUGAAACCCAAUAUUAUGUGACAGUUUUUUUUUCCUUCCCAUCUUACAUAUAUCAGGAUAUCAGUAAAACUAUUUGACUUUGACUUUGUUGGUCAUGAGCACCAUCUAGUGGCCUUGGAAGAAUUACAGUGUUAAAAAAUUAAAAUCAAGUUCACGGUGUAAAUACAUGGUUGUGUUGUUCAUGGUAGUGACAUACAUGUCAUAAUAUUUGUUUGUUUAAAUAUUAAUAGUUGAAUGACAUUUUUGUCUCAGUUUUAUUGUAUCUUAUUUUUAACUGUGAGCAUCAUUUAGCAUUUCCCUGCUACCUGUAGGCAUCUUGCAAUCAAUCCAGCAUGAAUGUUUUGUUUGAAUUAUUAAAAUCCCCAAAACUAAUACAUUCUUUUUAACAUGAAGUAUGACUAUUUAAAAAUGUGGUUUAACUUAGGAGAAACAGCAUUGACAUAAAUGACAGAUUUAAGAUCUAUCAAAAGGUUAAAUAUUUACCUGGAAAUCUUGUAGGAUACCUUCAAACAUUGAUUAUCUUUUUUCAUUUUUUCAUUUAAUUUAACAAGAAGGAAAUCUAAAAUCUAGACCUCCUGCACAGAUUUAAAGCUAGUUGUAAAAUGAUUAAAAUGCCUCUGAAUAAUUAUAAGUGCUCAGAAAUAGACAGUGCCUUGUAAAGGAUUUGUAACCCUUGAACUAUUCGCACUUCGUCAGGUAACAACCACAAAGUUUAACAUGUUAAGUUGGGAGGUGGAUGCAACUGAGAUGUGAUUUUCAGAAUUAUUUUUGAUAAAUCUAAAAAGUGUAUUAUGCAUAUGUAUUUGUGCUCCUGGUCCCCGGACUCAAUCCUCUAGAACCACCUUGGACUGGAAUAAUAGUUGAAAUUAGAAUGAAAUUAGCCUAAACCAGCUUUGCACAUCAAGAGAUUUCUUGAGGCAGAAUUCUUGGCUGAUUCUUCUUAGCAAAGUUUCUCAAACUCAGUCAGAUUGGCUGAAGAGUUUUGCAACAGUUGUUCCAUGAAAUUUAAGCCUGGACCAUGAUUUCACCAUUAUAACAAAUUAAUACCAUUUGAUACAUAUCAUUCUGUUGGUGGUCGAUCUAUAUGUUUAGAAUAACUCUCCUGCUGGAUGGUAAAGAAUCUGCUUCAUCGAUUUCCAAUCAUUUCUUACCUUUUUUUCUUAUGUCCCUGCUUAAGAGAAACAUAACUUGUUGUCUUGUCAACAAAAUCUCAGAGCUGAAGCCUCACUACAGCUAUGUCCCUCACCACUCAGUUGUGUUCCUUGGUCAGAUGGUGUUUGUUCUCUAAAUCAACCAUUGGAUUUAUUUAUAGAAUUCAUUACAAACUGAUUUUUUUUUUUUACUGAUUAGUUGACUACUAAUUGCAAUUAUAGCCCAUAGUUUUGGGGGGUAAAGGAGAAAGUGGUUUUUGGAGACUAUGCAUUAUAGAUUUUUAUUUGAAAACAUUUUGAAAACCAUGUUUCAUUAUGCUCCCACUUCCAAUUUAUGCAUUGUUUUAGAUUGUCAAUCACAACAAUCCAACAAAAGAAAUCGGAGAGUGUGGUUGUUAUGCAACACAUUGUGAAAAACCUCAAGGUGUAUAAAAACUUUCAUGAGGUAUUGUACAUAUCACAAAUAAUCCUAUGGAGCUCAUGUCAGGUAUCAGAAAAUCAAGGGAAAGGGUUGAGAGACUUUAAUGAGGAUAAAGCCUAGCUCAUCAACUGCUUGGUUUUACUUUAUUAUUAUUUUUUUUUUGUUUGUUUGGUUGUUCUUUUAUUUCAGAGCAAAUAUAUAACAUCCUCUACUCAACUCAAUCUUUAAACAUGUAAAGUGAAAUAGUAAAGUCAUUGUUAUAAGAUCUAUUUUUGACUGGGUAAUGCAUUUGAGAAAACCUUUUUUUGUAUUUAUAGAAAAAUAGGUAAUUACAUAUGCUUGUGUUCCAGAGUUUACAGUUUACCAGCAGAAUGAGCAUUCAUGUUUGGGCUGUAAAAAAGUUUUUUUUUUUCUUUUUCUUUUAAGAAGGGUGCAUUCAGAUCUCUUUUAAAUGAUCCUUCAUAUUGUGAAACAAAGAAAGUAGUGUAAAGAUAUUAAAAUAUGUACAAAUAUUUUUUAUCUAUACAAAUUGUACAGCUGUGAACUGUUGGCUAUAUUUGGCACAUUUCUGAAUUUUAAAAGAACAGUACAGUUAUAUACUAGUUUUUAUGUUUUAAGGGUUCUUUUGUCUUUUUCUGGUUUUGUAAAAGCAGUGUCUACUAUGCAAACAUUGUUCAACCUGAUAGAAGUCUUUUACUAGAAUGGUCCUUGUAAUUUAGCAUUAUAUUUUAUUAUCAUGAGUGAUUUGAUUUUGAUCAGUGUCGAAUUUUGAUCAGUAUUCGUCCAUAUUAGCUAACUGGCACGCUUCAAGAGUAUUGCUUAUCCUUGCUGACUGCUUGCCUCUAUGUCCUGUAAUGGUUUUCUGUACAAAGUGUAAUAAAGAAUUUUUAAGACAAUUAAUAAAUUAUAUUU